AUGGCCAAAUGGGGUACACCUAGAAAUCGUGGCAAAUCUUGGCACACACAUUUGGAAAGAAUGAAUGGAAGUGUAAGGGAAAAAGUUCUUUCUCAAUUUCAUGAACAGUCGGAAGAUGAAGGUCGAAAAAAGGGAAAGCAGAAAUUUCGUACACUUCAUGACAAUAAAAAUAAUAUUAAAGGGAGGAUUUGA